GACACUACUCCACACUUGCAAACAUCACCAGCACCACUACAGUAUUCUUAUACCCUACUACCGCUACUACUACUUUGUCUAUUCCGGCCCCAACUGAGCUCUUUCACAAUGGCGCCCUUCCUUGACGACAACGAGAGCGAGAGCGUCCAGCAGCCAUAUGGCGACUGGCGCGACGAUUUCUACAAAAAUGGAUACGUCGUCAUCAAGAACGUAGUGCCUCGUGACAGGGCACUGAAGUACAGAAAUAAGAUGAUGGACUGGCUGGGCACCUUUCCCAAUGACUUCGACAUCAAGAAUCCAGAGACCUGGACCAAGGAGAACCUUCCCCAAAGCUUCAAGAACGGUAUGUACUUGAACUACUGCGCGGCACAUGAGAAAUAUGUCUGGGAGGCUAGGCAAGAACCUGGUGUUCUGGCCGCCUUUGAGAAGCUCUGGAACACACCUGAGCUUAUUGUCUCAUAUGACACUAUCAACCUGACUUUGCCCAAUGCUGGCAAGAUGGCUGGCUCCAAGCCAUGGCCACACGUCGACCAGGCCCCCGAGCGCAAGGGCCUUUCAUGUGUUCAGGGCAUAAUCAACCUCUCUGAAGCCGGCCCGAAGGAUGGAGGCCUUGUAGUAAUGGAAGGCAGUGCUAAGCUGUUCGACCAAUUCUUCAGGGAGCAUCCCCCCGACAGAACCAAGGGUCCCUUGGCUGCUCUCCACUACGACUUCUACCCCUUCCAAGACUCAGACGUCAAGUGGUACGAGGACCAUGGCUGCAAGCUUGUCAAGGUCUGUGCUGAGCCCGGUGACCUUAUCCUCUGGGAUUCGCGACAGAUGCACUACGCCGUCUACCCCGAGACCGACAACAUCCGCACAAUCAUCUACGCUUGCUACACACCAGCAUCCAUGGCGACCAAGGAAGACUUGGAGAAGAAGAAGGAGAUUUUUGAGAAAUGGGAAGCGACAACACAUUGGCCACACAUCAACAUCCACUCGCAAGGAAAGGCAAUGAUUGAUGGCAAGAUUGACCCAUGGGAGCGGACUGAGCCUCUGGAGAAGCCAGAGUUGACCGACAAGCUGCUCAAGCUUGCAGGUGUCAAGCCGUACUGA